AUGAGUGCACGAGGCGAAUUAAUACGUCCAUUUUCUACCCGCCAACCGCACUCAAGCGCAAGGUUAUUAACAGAUAAAGAGCAAAGAGCUGAAAGAGAGCAAUUUGAAUUAAUAAAACAAGCAAAAGAGAAAAUUUCAAUCGAGGAAAUUAUGGAAUUGAAACGUGAAAAGCAAAAUCUCAUUCAAGAGCGUAAUAUUUUACGUGCUAAAAUAACAAGAUUUGCAGAUCUUGCUAAAAGAACAAAUUCUAAUGGAUCAAUAAAUCCAAGAAAUCGAGGAAAAUCUAGAAAUGCUAUAAUUGCUAAUACAUUACAAAAUCAAAUUGAUUCUUUAACACGACAAAUUGCUCAAAAAAGAUCUGAAACACAACAGCUAAUGUUUUCUGACAAAGCUGUCGAGAUUACAGAACUUCAAGAAGAAGCUAAGAUGCUUUUUAUGGAAGCAAUGCGAUUAGAGAGAGAAAAGAAAGAAGUUGAACUUCAAUACAAAGAAGCCCAAGAAAAUUUAGAGAGAAUCAACGCAAACUACUCAAGCUCUGUAAUUGCAGAGCAAUCUAAACAAAUAAAUCAAUUGGAGAAAGAAAUAUCUUUGCAAAGGCAGCGUAAUGAAAUUCUUCGCUCUAAGAUUUCUGCAAUAAAAGAAGAGCAAAAAACAAAAUCUUAUAUUGAUGCUACAGAAAAAGUUAAGAACAAAAUUGAAGAAAUUAAAAAGAAGAUACAAGCAGAAAAAGAAGCAAUACGUGCCCUUGAUCAAGAAACAGAGUUAGUUAAAAUCGCACACAAGGAGAGAAUGGAAAAUUUGCGAAAAUGA